AAAAAAAAAAAGGAUAUAAGGGGAUAUAAUCAUUUUCUGUUUCUAUUAUUUUUAUUUGAAUUUUAUCCCCCCCCCCCCCCCCUCCUCCCUUCCCUUUUCUUUUUCUUUCCUUUUUACGUUUCAAUUGAAAAUCCACAUCAUGUCAGAAACGAAGGAUCUGAGAAAUGUGAAAGAAGAGGAGAUUCAAAGAUUCCUCGAUUCCUUCGAUAUAGUCCUGUCGGAUUGUGACGGUGUUCUCUGGCACAUCGAUUCGCCCAUUGAAAAUAGUAUCGAAGCUUUGAAAAAAUUGCAAAGCUUCGGAAAGAAGAUAUUUCUCGUGACGAACAAUGCAACGACCGGUACAAGAAAGAUUUGUGAAAGACUUCGUAUUAAUGGUCUCGAGACUAAAGAUGAACAAGUUAUUAUUCCAUCGAAAGUUAUAGCCUGGUAUUUAAAGAAAAUUAAUUUUCAAGGUCAAGCCUUUACCAUCGCUAUGGAACCCUUUCGAAAGGUUCUAAUAGAUGCCGGUAUUGAGUUAUUGGAUGAAAAGGAACCAAAUGUUUAUCCAGACAACGUUCCAGCAACCGUCAAUUCGGUCAAAGAUCGGCAAUCAGUGAAAGCUGUGAUCACUGAUUUCGAUGUGAAUUGUAAUUGGGCCAAAUUGACCUUAGCCAUUUCGUGUUUGAAACGUAAAGACGUAUUGUAUCUUACUGGUGCCCUUGACAAAUGGGUAUCUUGUGGCAAUGGUAGCCUGAUAUUAGGACCGGGCCCAUUGAUCGACAUAGUCACUGAAGGUAGCGGUAGAACGCCAAUUUCUUGUGGAAAACCCAGUGACACAUUGAGAAAUUAUAUUUUCGAAUUUUGUAACGUUAUCAAUCCAAAACGAUGUUUAUUCAUUGGCGACACAGUAAAUCAUGAUAUGAAAUUUGGUGCCUUGUGUGGCUUUCAAAAGUUCUUUGUUAGCACCGGCUGUGACAGUUUUGAGGAUUCACAAAGAAACGAUGAUACACGUCCCGAAUAUUAUCUACCAAAUUUUGGCCAAUUACUAUCCAUCCUCGAGGCAAUGGCUUGAAAAUUUAUAGAAAUAUAAGGAUAUAAUUAAGGAAAAUUAUAUAUCGUAAUAGAGCAUUGCGUUCUAUUAUUAUUCUUUAUUUUUCUCUGUCUUUUCUUUUCUUUUCUUUUCUUUUCAUUUCAUUUCCUUUUCUUCUGUUUCUUUUCUUCGGGACUGAAUACGGUUGAAUCACGAUUUUACGUAUUACGUAUUAAAUCUAUCAUUUUCUAAUGUUAAAUAAAUAUAUCAUUUAUGAAAAUUUCAUUUCAACAUGUAAUAAUAAUAAUAAUGAUAAUAAUGUUAUUAUUUUCGCAUCGUCGUCUUUUCUUUUUUGUUUUUCAGUCGAUAA